AACUAUUAGUAUUCGUUCAUUAUCUUCUGUACAACAUCUACUUCAGCUUUAUGGUUUACACAGACAAUAUUUAACCGUGCACAACAGUGACAGAUGUGGGUAGGUUGUUCACAUGCACUGUAAAUCUAAUGUAACUGUCCAAAUUGUUCUUGUCAAUAAAGUACCUUGUAAAUAAAUUAGUCUAUUGACAUAAAGAUCCCAGGAGAAGGACUAUUUAACACAGUUUUUUACAAGACCUAAAACAUCAGUAUAUCUGUACUAAAUAUAAAGUUCUGUCACAAGGUUUAAAUACUUAAUUCCUCAAAACAAUAUAAUUUACAACUAUCUUUAUCAAUAGUUAUAUUCUUUAAUUUUACACCACCGCCAGUUUUACAAUUUAUAGUUUUAACAAUUUACAUUCAAAGGCUCAUGGAUGCUUAGUUUAGGAAUGAAGUUUCCCAGAGUUUUUAAGGCAAAUGAGAGAUUAAAAUAAAAAUUGCGAUAUUUAAUUUGUCACAAAUGAAAAUGAGGAUGUAAGAGAUUAUACUGAUAUAUUAUAAUUAGGUCUUUCCAACAAAAUGUCUUUAUGCUGUCAAAAUAUGUGAGAUUAGGAAGGGUUUCACACUAGCACUUUUGGUGUGCACUUGGAUCCGAUUGACACCAGCAUUCCGUUCGUUUGGAUGAUGCGAACCCCACCCAAAUCUGCCUAAAAAGAGUGGUCUGGGGUAUGGUUCAUGUGGAAUGCGGUACGGAUCGCUGCUGAUAUGAACGCAAUCAAACUAUUUGCAUUGAUGACAAGCGGGAGUGAUGCACUGUAAGUACUGUACCCAUUCAACAGGCUUAAAUGAGUAUAUGGUGGAUGCGAUGCUACGACCGCUCUAAAUCAGGUACUUGCUCGGUUUAUAAUUUGAUCGGUAUGAGUUAAUAUAGUCCAACAGAUUGGGUCCUAACACCCCAGUAUAGUGACGGGGACACUAUACUGUCAAAAAGCACCGUCUUUCAGAUGAGACGUUAAACCGAGGUCCUGACUCUCUGUGGUCGUUAAAAAUCCCAGGAUGUCAUUUGAAAAAGAGUAGGGGUGUGCCCUGGCAUCCUGGCCAAACUUGCCCAUUGGCCUACUAAUCAUCCCCAUAUAUACUAAUUGGCUAUAUCACUCUGUCUCCUCUCCACUAAUAUGCUGGUGUGUGGUGGGCGUUCUGGCGUAAUAUGACUGCCGUCACAUCAUCCAGGUGGAUGCUGCACAUUGGUGGUGGUUGAGGAGAUUCCCCCAUUCAUAUGUAAAGCGCCUUGAGGUCUACAGAAAUAGCACUAUAUAAAAUAACAAAUUAUUACCCAUUAGGUGGCGCUCUUACCAAUCUUAUUAAACACUAGCUAAAUUUACAUGGACACCUUUUGCAUCCUUUGGAAUGAAAUCAUUCUGAUUGAUAAAUCCUAUCAUAGCGUUUACAUGAACACUUAAUAAUGUGAUUGGAUUGAUGUGCGUGUUUACAAGCUUAAAAUCAGAUUUGAUCAUUUGACAUGCACACAUUGCACAAAUAUAGUUUCGAGCUGUUUCAAGAAACGCGUACAAGCCAUCCUCCUAAAAUCGUAAACGACGAGCACAUGGAGCUGUGCCGUGCUGAUUAUCAAGCAGCAGCAAAAACACCCACUGAUACUUUACAUCAUUAACAUGUUUAAAGGCAUAAAAUGAUUGGAAAUAAUGACAGCAGAGAAAAUAUUUUUAUGCACAUUUGCAUUUUCCAUAACAAUGAUUAACUUAUUUUUUUAUUUUUAAGAAUAUUUUCAUUUUAUGACUGCUACUAAAAAAAUCUAUCUUAGUUACUGCUAACUGUUUACGUAAUGUCCUAGAGCUAGUGAACUAAAUUUUAAUUUCAUAUCUAAAAACACAGAACAGUAUAACACAGUUUUUGUAUGUGAACAAUGCAAUUUUAUAGACUAUUGACCAGUGGCGCAGCGGGGGGAUGCCUUUUGGGGCUCGAGCCCCGAAUGUUUUGUCAAAAGCCCCGAAUCUUUUCAGAUCUGUAAAAUGAAUUCAUCCAGGACGCUAGGUGGCGGCACUCAGCUUUAACCCUCCGGUCCCCCACUCAACUGAAAAUGAAUAAGAGAUGCGUCUUGAAGGCAAAAUAACAUUCUGAAUCUCCCCACAGUAAACGCAUUUUCAAAGUGUCUUUAUUAUUACAGUGCCUUCGUUAUUACUGUAAGUGUAUAUUUAUAGUUAUGUGAUGUAAAUACUGUUAAAUAGCGUCAACUGAUAUAUUAUCUGCAUGGCUAACGUCUAACUUACUGUGGUGCUCUGGUCUAGUCUGCCUCAUUGGUCAUUGGUAACGUUGUAUUCAAAGUACAUUUAAUAACAGUGAAUUUAAACUUUGAAAAAACUUGCUCAUUGUUGCAUAUAUACUUUUUUAUAGAUGGAUGUACGAUUUAUAUUUUUAAAGACGUCAGACGUAAGAAGGUGGGAAAGUAUAUAGUUAGUUAGGUAUGUUUUGUCCAUAUGCAUUUGAAAUUCGCAAUGAUUUUACCUCAGAAAUACAUUGAUAGACAGUUAUAAAAUGUGAAUCCCCAAUCUCUUACAUUAAAAUAUCCUUAUGUGUGAUAACUGUCAGUGCAAAUAGGAAGAGAGGAGGAUGGAGAGAGAUCACAGACAGACAGAUAGAGAGAAAGAAAGAGAAACGCUUCCAUAAGCAGGUGAGAAAUUGUUCUGUCAAUGAAGUCAAAAAUUGUUAUUCUUAUGUAGCUUUAUAGUUACUGGAUUAGCCUUCAGCAAACAUGUUUGCCUAUUUUUGGAUAAGAGAAGUUAAAGUAUCAUUGUCAAAAUUUGUUAUGUUGCAGUUUUAAAAUGACAAUACCAGUGUUGGGUAAGUUACUCAAAAAAGUAAUUAAUUACUAGUUACUAAUUACAUCUUCAAUCAUGUAAUUAAAUUACUUUACAAAUUACUCCAAAAAGUAUUUAAUUAUUACUAAUUACUUUCUAAAUCCUAUUUACAUGAUACAAGGAUAGGCUUGAAAUGGCUCGAAGAAACAAUAUAUAAAAGUACAUCAAUUAUUCUGGUCCCACUUUAGGGUUAAUUUCUCUCUAUUAAUUAACUAUUAACCACUUUUGCCUCAAUAUACUCCAACUACUGCUUAUUAAUACUAAAGUAGUUGUUUAUUUAAAGUAUUUGUAGAAAUGGGGAGUAGGGCUGAACGAUUAAUCGAAAUCGAAUCGCAAUCGCGAUUUACAACGUUGCGAUUAGCAAAUCGCAGAAGGCCGCGAUGUGGGCGCGAUGUUAAACGAAUGCAGCAAGUAUGUCUGAUGGCAAAAGCGUGACUCUCCUUUCUGUGUGACAGUCUUACUAACCAAUGGCGUGAGCGCACCUUCAACCGAGUGAGCGUUCUCUCUCCAAUCAGCACUGCCAUUGUCAACUAGGUAAACGCCCAUCUUAAAAAAAACAAUAACAAGCGGAGCACGCGGAGUUUGCUAAUGGCGUCUUCCGAGCCAGAUCAAGCUGUAGGUGCCUUAAUACCAAAGAAAAACAGCACAUCUGUUAUCUGGGAUUAUUUUGGAUUCGAAGUGACAGACACAGAACAAAAAAAGGUACUUUGCAAAACUUGUCGUAGAAGUGUUGCCACAUCGCGUGGUAAUACAACAAAUCUCCACCAACACUUAAAAAAACAUCACAGGCGGAUUUUUGAGGAGUGCAUUGCUAAAAAGUCUACAGAAAGUGCUGCCAGUGACACUCAAUCUAGUAGCAAGCAUCAGCAGAGUACAAUUUCAGAGUUGUUUGCAGCCGUUACACCAUAUGAAAAGACCUCGCGAAGGCAUCGGGAGAUAACUAACGCCAUAACCCACUACCUCGCUAAAGACACGGUGCCUUUUAAUGUUGUGACCAAAGAGGGUUUUAAAAACCUCAUCCAAACGCUGGAUAAAAGAUACACAAUUCCCUCUCGCACCUAUUUUAGCCAAGUUGCCAUCCCACAGUUGUAUGUUGAAUGUAGGAACAAAACUGAGGCGGAAUUGAUGCACGUGGAAUAUUAUGCCACAACAACAGACUUGUGGUCUAGCAGGACGACCGAGCCGUAUCUUAGUCUCACUGUGCACUUUAUUAAUGAUGACUUUGAGCUAAAGACUCGCUGUCUGCAAACGGCAUACUUUCCUGCAGACCACACGGGACAGAAUAUUGCCCAAGGAUUAAAGGAAUGUUUAUCCAGUUGGCAUCUGAACGAAGAGGGACAAACCUGCAUAACCACUGAUAAUGCAGCAAAUGUCAUUAAAGCUACGGAGUUAAACGACUGGACCAGACUUCAGUGUUUUGGCCACAGGCUGCAUCUUGCCAUUGGUAAGUAAGCAUUUACGUCUUAUUAUGUAUGAAUUAUAUUCUGGCAUCUCGCCAGUAAAGCCGGUGUCGUAAUUAGCAAAUCGCCAUCAUCUGCUUUCACGUCGUAGUUCAUUGACGAGCAACACAAUAUGAUUUAUUAUUAUUUAAAAUAUACAAGUUUUUAAUUAUUAUUUAAAAAGUAUUAGUAGUACUUUGCGCACGUACAAACACACGCGCACAAAUACACAGCUUAAACAACAUUUCCUAUGUUUACUUUUAACACUUGCAUAUAUAUUUUAUUAAAAAGGUUUUUAAAGAUAAUCUUAAAAUUAUCUUUCUUUUUUCAGAAAAUGCUUUGAAGGAUGAUGCCAGGGUAAAUCGGGCAACAGGACUUUGUAAGCAGCUGGUUGCCCAUUUCUCACACAGCUGGAAAAAGAAAAAUGCACUGAGUGAAGUGCAAAAACAAUUAAAUCUGCCAGAGCAUUCCUUAGUCACAGAGUGUCCAACAAGAUGGGGCUCUAGACAGAAGAUGAUCGAGAGGGUCUUGGAGCAGAGCAAAGCUUUGUCUCAGGUUCUGUCUGAAGACAGGAAGACGCGUCACUUGGUCCCCACCUGGCAGGACACAGAGGUCCUUGAGUCUAUCAAUGCUGCCCUACAUCCUCUCCAGGUCUUUACAGAUGCCCUAUCUGGUGAAUUGUAUGUCAGCGUAUCCUAUCUGAAGCCAGUCCUGCAUCUUCUAAAAACAUCAACCCUAGCUGAAAAAGACGAUGACACCGAUCUAACGAAGGCCAUAAAGUCAAGGGCCCUUAGCUAUAUGGAGGACAAAUAUAGUGACCCAGCCACACAGGAACUUCUUGAUGUAGCUUCAUUCCUUGAUCCACGAUUCAAAAUGGACUACGUGAGACAAGAGAAUAUUCCAGAAAUCAGAUCAAGAGUCAAGUUAGAAAUGGAACAGGAAGCACAAAAGGAAAAAAGGGCUCGUCUCAGCACAACAGGUGACGAGCUUCAAAGUGCCACUGCUGAGGCAGAACCUUCAACAUCCACAGUGAAGAAGAAGGACAAGCAGUCACUGGGCAGCUUUCUCAAGGGCAUCACUGUGCCCCAUGCUUCCUCUGUUCAGUUGGAGGACUCCUUAGAGGCUGAACUAAACGGCUACCUCAUGACUCCUGCUAUUGAUGGAGAGGAAGAUCCUUUGGCUUGGUGGAAGGUACAUAGGGUUAACUUUCCAAGGCUGAGCAAACUGGCUCGCAAAUACCUAUGUAUACCUGCCACAAGUUCCCCAUCGGAGAGACUCUUUAGCACUAGUGGAAACGUUGUGACAUGUGAGCGCUCAUGUCUGAAACCGGCAAAGGUAGACAUGUUAGUGUUUUUGGCCAAAAAUUUGUAAAGGCUGUACAACUUGACCAAGUACUACUUGACCAAGUGUUUGUAAGACUUCAGUUGGAGUCAAGAUAUGUUCAGUUCUGCACUUUAUUUUGUAAUGCAACUUACUGGCAGCCUUUACUCUAUAAAGAAAAUAUUAUGUUCAAAUAUGUUUCAUAUUUGUACUUAAAUGUGUGCUGUGCAAUAUUUUAAAUGCUGGUAAUUAUCAGUCUUAAGUUGAUUGUGAAUUUUUUGUGCACUAAGUGUUUGUGAUGUUUACAAAAGGUGAAUUUUUUGUGCACUAAACGUUUGUGAUGUUUACAAAAGGAGCAUGUUUACAAAAAUGUAACUAUUUUAUUUUUGUUCUUACUAGAGAAAAGUGAGUCUGUUUAGUUUAUUUAAUUAUUUGAUGUUUAAAAAGAAAUUCUGCAAUAAAUGCUGAAACCAGUUAAUAUAUUUUCUUUUUCUUGAAUAAGAAUGCGUACUUACUGUGGCAGCACUGACUGAAUUUUAACAGCAAGAAACGAAUCAUCCAUUUGAAAGAAAUGCAUACUGCGUCUGCUUGUUUUCAAAGGUAGUGGAGGUGAUGGUGUUUACGGUCUACUAAUAUGUAAUGGAUUUUAUUGGUGGGAUGUAAUCUGGCAGAUGGGAACCAAUAGAACACCAGUAAAUCCUACUGGAAUAAUGCCCCAAACACAUGAUUUUUUCAGGAAUGGUUUUAAAGAAAAAGCUAAUGGGUUAUUAUGUUAUUUUAACAAAAAAAAAAUUCUGUAAACGGCAAAAUUAAAAUCGCAAAUCAAAUCGCAAUCGCAAUGUCUAUCAAAAAAGUCGCAAUUAGAUAUUUCCCCUAAAUCGCACAGCCCUAAUGGGGAGGGUUAAGGAUGUAUAAUAAGGUUUUGCAGAAUCAGGCAUUAAUAUGUGCUAUUUAAGUAGGCCUACUAAAAAACAGUCAACAUCUCAGUAAUAUUAAUGCUAAUAAUCAACCAGUUAAUAGUGAGAAUUGUAAACUAAAACCAUGUUAAAUCCACUAUUUAUUAUAGUAUACAUAAUUGUUCUACAGUCCAUAGACAGUAUUUAGUUACAUCAGAAGUAACUGUAAUUCAAUUACAAGAAAAAUAAGAGUAAUCCCUUACAUUACUUUUUCAAGUAAUUAAAUUACAGUAACAAAUUACUUAGUAACUAGUUACACCCAACACUGGACAAUACAGAGAACACUUAGAUUAAAAAAUAGUUUAUAAAGCUGCCGUAAAUGGAGAAAAAAUAUCAACAGGGGACCAAGCUUUGAAACCCCUAGAUUUGGGCUAAGCCCCCAAUGUCUACAAUGUCUGGCUCCGCCCCUGCUAUUGACAGAG